UAUAUAUAUAUAUGAAACUAAAUCUUAGGUGGAACUUUCAGAAGCAGGGGAGAGCGCUGGACUCCCAGGGAUUAUCUUUGUCGCUGCUUCCCAAGUAUAAUUCGCAGUUCAUUAUCCCCAAAACAGACUGUUUAAGCCGAUGAAAAAGACGGCAUCGUUUCAGCGAUAUCAGAAUUCAGAAGGGAUGCUACACGAUAUUUUGAGCGUUUGAGGGAGGGAGGGAGUGGGUGACUAGUCAAUCAAAAACAAAAAUGUCGAAAUCAGUGGAACAAACCCUAGAAGGGGAAGACAACAACAACAGCAGAGGAAGCGAAUCAAACCCUAAUCAAUCACAAGAAUGGGAAACAAUGGCUCGACUUUGGCUCAGUGCGUUUCCUGGAGUGAAAGCAGUGAGUGGGACCGAGGUGGAGUCAUGGAUAGAUUCUAAUUACUCAUCUUUGCCUUCUGAUUUACAAUCCAUGCCUCGUUCAGACCUCGUUAAUCGCUUGCUUUCUAUUCAAAAUUACAUGAGACUCCCCGAUCACAGUCAGCAGGUGCCGGAGACGAAUCAGGUUGAUGUUCCACAUGCUCGAUUUCAACGCACAGAUCAAUGGCUGCCGGUUUAUUCCUGGCUGGAAUCUUUGGAUAAAGAUGAGGUGGUCAAGUCCAAAGAUAUUUCUGAUUGGCUGGCUGAGAAUCCAGGGAUAAGAGAACAGCUGUUCUCUAGACAUUCUAGAUAUCAUUUGAUGCACUACAUUAAAAAGUGCCACGUAAAGAUACUCAAGAGGAGGGAAAGGAAGAAGGGUGUGCAGCCGACUGACAAUCCCGGUUCACCGAAAGUUCAGAAGAAUGUGGAGGUGAAAGAACUGACACCAGUUCCAAUGUUCAAUCCUUUGAACAAUAUACCUAAAGACAGUGAAUUGUAUGUGGCAAAACGAAAUGAGGCUCUUCAGAAAUAUGAGAUUUUGUUGGAGCUGGAGAAGAAGCUCUCCCCUCACUUUUCAAAACGUGAGGCUGUAAACCACUGAAGCAAAUCUUGAAUCAAAUUCUCCAUAGGCAGAUGUGAAAUAGCUUAGAUGCUGCUAGUGAUUUUUCACUAGCAAUGAGUUCUGUAAACAAGUGACUAGUGGAUGGUAUGCUAACGUGCCUCAAGUUUUGUAAGAGCUAUCCUUGCUCGCCCUUUCAAUGCCUUAGUUGUCUAGUGCGUUGACGUUUUUGGUUGUUCGAUCAGAAACUGUAGGACACAUUAAAAGCGAAGAGUGAGACUCUGGGAAGAGCACCUUUAGCUAACAUUCAAGAAAACUGUAGUUGCCUACGGAAGAAUUAAAUUUGUGAACUUGUUUGUGGCUUUAAACCGACUCUUGAUAAAUUAAAGUAAAGCUUGAUCCCAA